AAACUCUCUCCCCAUCCAUCUCUGCCUUGGCUCUGUCCCCUGCACCUCUUUAAAGACAAAGGAGGCCCUCCAUCAGCACUCAGUCUCCCCACGAGUCCAGCACAAGAAGCUCCACGAUGCCGGACACAAUCAUGUCCAAGGAGCCCAGUUCCAACCUGGAGAGUGCCAUGCAGAUGCUCAUAAAGACCUUCCACAAGUACUCAGGGAAGGAGGGCGACAAGUACACUCUGAGCAGGGGCGAGCUGAAGGAGCUGCUACUAGAGGAGCUGGGGAGCUACUUAGGGAGCUCCAAAGAUAAUGAAGCAGUCGAGAAAGUGAUGAACGACUUGGACGCCAACAACGACGGAGAGGUAGACUUCACCGAGUUCAUCAUCCUGAUGGGCGCCCUCACAGUCGCCUGCAACGACUUCUUCCUGGAGUACAAAACAGAUGAAAAACCAAAAGAAGGAGAGUCGGCAGAGAAGAAAGAGUGAAUCAGUGCAAGAGAAUGGAGGGGGGGGGGGAGAAGGAGGAGCAAGAGGGGGAAAGAAAUGUAAAUCAGGAGAGAUAGAGGACAGAAGAGCGAUGGAUUUUUGUCUUAAGCAAUUUGUAAACACUGCAGCUACACAUGAGGGAAGCGGUCCAGCAGUUAGUUUGUGGGUUCACAGAGCAGGAGGGGAGGGAGGGGAGGCCUUCAGCGGGAGUUGUGUUUUCCCUCUGCAACUGUUUUUCAUACCACAACUUAUCCGGAGCCAGUCGCACUACUCUCAUAGCAGCCAGCGACUUCACAGACACAACAGGGUACGUUUCAUCUUUGCACUCAAAAUUCUGCAGUUUGCUCAGUUUGUUCGAUUUCAUUUAAAGGCAAGGGGAAGGUUGGGGAGAUUUGCAGAAAUGGAAGUUGAAGCAUUUCUUGCACAUAAAUGAAUAAUUUGUGAACAUAUAUUAAGUUACAGAUUAUCAUAUUACUGUAUGUAUUCAGUGUUCAGCAAUAGGAUAUAAUUUAUCCCCUUUCUUGAGCCUAUUUUGUAAUCUUAUUUUUUUGGUAAUAACCAAUACUUCUAGAAUAUUAAACAUGGCAUUUAAUCAACUAUUAA